GUUGUGAAUUUAUGAGCUUCAUUGUUUAAAACCUGAAUUUGUUCUUCGCUCUCUGCUAUGUGCUCAAUUCCACCAUGGCUUCGUCUCUUGCAAGGAACCAUAAAUCGAAGCACGAGAGAGUUAAAGCGAAUCCACGCCCACGCCAUCACCAAUGGCCUUGCAAGAUUCUCCUACGUCUCCAGCAGACUCUUGGCCUUCUAUUUCCGACACCACCAGCGCAACCGCCGCGAUAUGCGCUGUUUAGAGGCCUUUUUCAUUCACAUGCCAAUUCACACUGUGUUUGACUUCAAUGUCAUGAUAACAGCUUUUUCAAGAGAUUCACAGUUUUACAACUGUUUUAUGCUUUUCAAACGAAUGCUAGCCACUGGUGUUAGGCCUAACUCUCACACCUUCACCAUGUUCGUCAAGUCUUGCCGUGGAUCUUUGUCUCUCCUCCAACAAGCCCAUGCCCAAGUGGUGAAGUUGGGGAGUGUGGAUUAUGACGCUUUUGUAGUGAGUUCUUUGAUUGGUGUUUAUUGUGAUCAUGGAGAAGUUGGUGCUGCACGGCAGGUGUUCGAUGAAAGUUCCAACAAGAAUGUGGUGUGUUGGACUGGUCUUGUUACUGGUUAUUGUAAUAAUGGUUUAGUUGAGGAAGCAAGGCUGUUGUUUGAUGAGAUGCCGCAAAGGAAUGAGGUAUCCUACAGCGCCAUGGUGUCUGGGUAUGUGAGGAAUGGUUGUUUCAAUGAGGGCAUUCAAGUUUUCCAUGAGCUCAAGUGUUGUGGAAAUGUUAUUAAUUUGAAUGGCUCUCUUCUGGUGAGUGUGCUCAAUGCAUGUGCUGCUGUGGGUGCAUUUGAAGAAGGCAAAUGGAUUCACAGUUACAUUGAAGAAAAUGGUUUGGAGUAUGAACUCGAACUGGGGACUGCAUUGAUUGAUUUCUACACCAAGUGUGGGUGGGUGGAAGAGGCAGAGACAGUGUUUGAUAGUAUGCCUAGUAAGGAUGUUGCCACUUGGAGUGCUAUGAUCUUGGGUUUGGCUAUUAAUGGAAAGAAUUAUAUGGCUCUUGAGCUUUUCGAUAAGAUGGAGAAGGUUGGACCCAAACCCAAUGCAGUUACUUUUGUUGGUGUUCUAACUUCCUGCAAUCACAAGGACUUGUUGACUAAAGCGUGGUGGUUUUUUGAACAAAUGAGUAGAAAAUAUGGCAUCCUACCAUCCAUUGAACACUAUGGAUGCAUGGUUGAUGUUUUGGCGCGAGGCGGGCGAAUCAAAGAUGCUUUAGCGUUAGUUGCUAGGAUGCCAAUAGAACCGGAUGGAGCCAUAUGGGGGUCUUUGCUCAACGGAUGCAUGAUGCAUUGUCAUGUUGAACUGGCACAUAGAGUUGGGAAGUAUUUGAUAGAAUUGGAGCCUCAACGUAGUGGAUAUUACAUCCUUCUAGCAAACAUGUAUGCAAGUACGGGCAAAUGGGAAGGCGUCUCCGAGAUGAGAAGACUUAUGAAAAAAAGGGGAGUGUCAACCAUUUCUGCUUGGAGUUUCAUAGAAAUUGACCAGUCCAUCCACAAAUUUGUUGCUGAUGAUAAGUGUUGUACAUAUUCAGAAGAAAUUUACGGAGUUUUAAACCACUUGAGUAAGGGAUUCGAGGAUUUCUCCAGAUCAAAAGAUGCAUUCUAUUUAUUUGAAGUAAUAUAACUUAAAAAAUAGUGGUCUCAGACUCAUAUUGCAUAUCAAUUUCAAGAUAUUCUCAGACUUAUUGAUCUGAUCAGCCAUCUGUACAUUAUGGAAUUCAGUUUGGCUUCUGAAAAUUGAAGGGCUCAUUCUUUAUUUCAACACUAAAGUUGGUUGUUGAGACUACCAAACUCACUUUAUGGCUAAUGAAAUGGUCUUGAGGUCUAAACUCAUUUGGAGAAGGUUAGUUAUCAGUAUCUUCAAAUUCGAUACUUUCCAUUAGAACAGGAGCAUCAGCCACUGAUGUCUAUGAAGAAUGGUCAUGUUGUGAUGCUGACAAACAAGGAAGAUUUGGAAUUAAAUUUAAUAGUUGCACAGAUCAUUGAGCAGAACAUGUUGGAAUUCCAAACAUCAAAUUGAAAGAGCUGUUUAAAGGCCAUGGAGUCCUCUAAAACCUAUUGCAAUGGAAGAAGCCCUUAAUUUUGUCCUCAAGAUUAAGAAUUUCUUUUAAAAGGUGAAAAUUGUCACCAUCCGUGGUUGAUGUCAGCGAUGAUGAUGGCUUGCGGUUUCAAAUGGUUAGGGUUGGUAAGGAAUCGGGAAAUGGUGCUCGCUGCACACAUUAGUCACUGUUGUUCCUUGUGCUCAGUAUUGCUAGGAAAGCAAUUUGGAGAAGUCAGACUUGGAUCCAGGCAUCCAGCUUUGAAAGCUCCGAAGGAUAGGUCGAUGACCAAGAAUGUGGCUGAGGAAAUAGCUGAGAAACCAUGUGAAUCAAUGGCAGCAAGUCUUGAAGGCAAGAAGCUAGCUUCAUUUACAAGGAUCUCUUCAACAGUGCAUGCAGCAAUGGAAGAAGCCCCUGUUCGUAUUUAAGUUUUUAACCCCUAGACACUAUUCAGGGAUGUGCAUGCUGCCAAGGAGCUAAGGAAACCAUAUGUUGUUGUAUUUGUUGGAGUUAAUGUUGUUGGAAAAUCUACUAAUCUUGCUAAGGUGAAGGAGAAUAAUAUUUAUUGGGCUUUUUCAACUGUUCAAAUUAAUUGACAAGAAGUCAAUUUGUAUCACUUUAAUGUUCAUUGAGCUUGUGCUAAUUUGUGCUAUUUAAUAUUAAUUUUUUUUGUUCAAAUUA